GGUUACCGCUUGUCGAAAUCGCAGCGUAGUGUUGAACGUUCAGGAUACAAAAUAAUGGAACGAAAUAUUUAGUGUCGGUUCAUCGAUACGAUCAAGCCAAUUUGCCGAAAUGAAAGUGAUCAGGUUUUUCGCGUGGAUAUCAUUUUAUGUUUUUUGUUUCAAUUGUUUUUCGCUGGGAGCAGGUGCAGAAGAUGAUAUCCAGGAACUUUUAGAUACGGCAAUAAAAAGCCAACGACAACCAGCGUUGUUGAAUAGAAAAGAUAAUUUACAACGCAAUUUACGAUUUAUUGAGGGUCAUCAUGUACCAAUAAUACGAAGAAGUCCAGGAAGGGGAAGAGUAUGCCUUUGUCCACCUUGCCCGAACUGUAUCACAAACACGGAAACUCCGACAACUGAAACUACUACUACUAUUGAUACUUCAACUGAAGCACCUACCACCUCCACUACCACUACUCAGGAGCCAACUACAACGGACAGAGCAACUGAAAAGUCUAAAUUUGCUGUGAAACAAGAAAUCGCACAAUUGAAAAAAGAAAUUCAUAUCAAGAUUAAAUCGUUAAAUGGUCGCCAUCCAUUCGGCGGAGGUCCCCCCCGACUUCCGCCUCACUUACGUGAUAAAGGAAGACCACCUCACUUUGGCGAUCCAUUGAAACCAACUCCAUUCGGUGUCCCUGGGCGACCCCAUCAUGAUGGUGACCCACAUAAGCUACCUCACCUGGAACAUCCAGAUCGACCUCCUCAUUUUGGUGGUCCGGGGAAAGUACCUGACUUAGAUGACCUUGAAAAACCACCUCACAUGCGCCAUCCUCACUUAGAUGCAUCAGGGCGACCACUACCACCGCACUUACGCGAUCCAGCUCGAAAGCCGCCUCAUUUAAUUGAUGCAGGGAAACCACCCCAUUUACCUGGUCCAAGGCGACCACUUCCGCCGCACUUACGUGAUCCAGAACGAGGUCCUCCGCCACGUAGACCUCCACGACCACCCCCCACGCUGCAACCGUUCAGGCCUUUGGGCAAUCUGUUCAAAUUUGUCCGCAAUCUGAAAAGGUUCGGUAAAAGGUUAUUUGGUUUUCCUUCGAUUACGUCACUUGGUUGCAAGAAUAAACUCCCUGGAUCAAGGGCGGAAGAUAAUGAUGACUGCAGAAUGCCAUCAAACUGCAAGAAAGUAAAAAUGGACGACGGUUCGUCGUUUAAAAUUUGUACCGAUUGAGAAUAUUGUGCAAUAUAUGAAACAACAUAAUUAUUAAUUGAUAUUCUCGAAAAUACCAAAUUGUAAUCAUCAUUGAUCUAUGAUGAUCAAGUUUCUCCUGAAAUAACAAAAAUACACUAUUAUAAUUUUCCAUCUAAUAUGGCGAUAACCUGUAGACAUUAGAACGUGCAUAAUGAAGAAAACAACAAAAAUGUUGGUAUUAGAGAAAAUAAAGGUAU